UAUUCAAGCAGGUCAACCUCAACGUGAACGCGCACCAUUUAAAACACGCACAAUGCGGGGAGCGCGCUGACAUCAGCGUGCACGAGGAACGCCGACAGCCGAGCGGUCCGGUGUAAAUCACUGCAAUGGCAGAGGAGUAAAUACGGGGAGGGUGGAGGACACCGGCUACAGCCCUUCCUCCUCUCUGCAUGUGAACACAGCAGAAUAGACACACGGCACACAGGCAGGCAGGCUGAGCACCAUCACAGGGCAACAAAGGGACGCAUGGUUCAUCUGAGGCAUCAAAUGAAUAAAUGAUUCAUUGAAAGAGAAGUUCCGCCUGCAGAUACAUUGUCUACUGCAUCUGUCCUCACCUCACCUCAAAGGUUAUAUUAGCAGUACACAGUCAUGGAGCUGGAGCACUUCGAUGAGCGGGACAAAGCUCAGAGAUAUACCCGAAGGGGCUCAAGAGGAAAUGGGCUCCCCAGUCCCACUCAUAGCGCUCACUGCAGCCUGUACAGAACCAGGACACUGCAAGCCCUGAUCUCAGAAAAGAAGGCCAAGAAGAUUCGUUUCUACCGCAAUGGAGACCGCUACUUCAAAGGGAUUGUGUAUGCCAUUUCUCAGGAGAGAUUCAGGUCCAUAGAAGCACUCCUGGCUGACCUCACAAGGUCUCUGUCAGAUAAUGUCAACUUGCCACAAGGGGUGAGGACCAUAUAUACUGUUGAUGGGACAACAAAGAUCACCAGCAUGGACCAGCUGGUGGAAGGAGAGAGCUAUGUCUGUGCAUCCAUAGAGCCAUACAAGAAGCUGGAGUACACAAAGAAUGUAAAUCCUAACUGGUCAGUUGGUGCUAGGACUGUUGUGUCCAUCCGUGAUCCUUCUUCCCUCGGUAGUGCCAAGGCUGGAUUCCAAGAAACCAGAGAGAGCAAGGACUUUAUUAAGCCCAAGCUGGUCACCAUCGUCCGCAGUGGAGUCAAGCCUCGCAAGGCCGUACGGAUCUUGCUCAACAAGAAGACUGCCCACUCCUUUGAGCAAGUCAUGACUGACAUCACAGAUGCCAUUAAGCUGGACUCUGGUGUCGUCAAGAGGCUAUAUACUGUUGACGGCAAGAUGAUCACCUGCCUUCAGGACUUUUUUGGGGAUGAUGAUAUAUUCUUUGCCUGUGGUCCUGAGAAGUUCCGCUAUCAGGAUGACUUCAAUUUGGAUGAAAGUGAAUGCAGGGUGGCAAAAUCUGCAUCGUACGGUCGGCUCCCCUCUCUGCAGGGUCGCUCUUCUCCAAGAAGUGGCGGGAUGUCCCGCAGGAGCAAGUCUCCGUCAUCACCUGGUUCAGCUAAUGGCACUGCAGGCAGUCAGCUGUCCACACCUCGAUCUGGAAAGUCUCCAAGCCCCUCUCCAACCAGUCCUGCAAGCCUCAGAAGACGACAGGGAUCUCAACACAGUGGCUCUUCACUCUCUCUAGCUUCUACCAAGGUUUGUAGCUCAAUGGAUGAAGGAGAUGGGCCUGGCAGUGAAGCUGAGCCAAUGGAUGAGUACCCCUCAGCCCCUGCGUCCAUAGCAGAGAGGUACAAAGUGGGGAGAACUUUAGGGGAUGGAAACUUUGCUGUGGUCCGAGAGUGUGUGGAGAGAUCCACUGGAAGAGAGUACGCUCUGAAGAUCAUCAGCAAAAAUAAAUGCAGGGGGAAGGAGCACAUGAUUCAGAGUGAAGUAUCAAUCCUUCGGCGUGUCAAACAUCCCAACAUUGUACUUUUAAUUGAGGAGAUGGACACCCAGAGCGAGCUCUAUCUUGUCAUGGAGUUGGUUAAGGGGGGCGAUCUCUUUGAUGCAAUCACCUCCUCUAACAAAUACACCGAGCGAGAUGCCAGCUGUAUGCUGUUCAAUCUGGCAAGCGCCAUCAAGUACCUGCACAGCCUCAAUAUUGUCCACAGAGACAUAAAACCAGAAAACCUGUUGGUGUAUGAACACCAUGAUGGUAGCAAAUCUCUGAAGCUCGGUGACUUUGGCUUGGCUACCGUGGUUAAUGGGCCCCUUUAUACUGUGUGUGGCACGCCCACCUAUGUAGCACCAGAGAUUGUCGCUGAGACAGGGUAUGGCCUCAAAGUUGACAUUUGGGCAGCUGGUGUCAUCACUUACAUACUGCUUUGUGGCUUUCCUCCUUUCCGUGGCAGCGGUGAAGAUCAGGAGGCUCUCUUUGAACAGAUUUUGCAGGGUCUGCUUGAUUUUCCUGCACCAUACUGGGACAAUGUGUCUGACACUGCCAAGGCUCUGAUCACUGGGAUGCUGCAGGUAGAGGUGGAUCAGAGGUACACAGCUGUGCAGGUGCUCGAUCAUCCAUGGGUCAAUGAGGAUGGCGUGUCAGUGAACGAGCACCAGCUGCCUGUGGCUGGGAAGAUCAAGAAGCACUUCAACACCGGGCCCAAGCUCAACAGCACCACAGCAGGAGUGUCAGUCAUUACAACCACGGCACUUGAUAAAGAGAAGCAAGUUUUCCGACGAAGACGCCACCAGGAUGUGAAGCUUACACCCCACGUCCCGCAUGGAGCCAGUGCAAACUUCGGCCUCUCCCCUGCAGAGUUCAACUCUGGGUCUGAGGACUAUUCCCCGAGUUCAGCUGACACUGUCCGUUCACCCACCUCUCCCUUCUAACAGCUUUCCUGAGGCCGCACCACCAUGGAAGAGUGCGAGAGGGUGAAACGUUGGGUUCAGUCUGCUAACUUGGACAUUGACAGACUGCUAACUUACUUGUACCUAUUUUUUUUUUCUCAGUCUCAGUAAUUCUUUUACAUUAAUUACAAAAUGCAUUGAUCAGAAUAAGUGAUGCGUUAGUCUCCGGAAGAAUACACCUUAAGAGCAUGCAACAAUUUUUAAUAUCUGCCUUUUAUCUUUUAAAAAAAAAAAGCCACCAAACUGUAAGCCUUAUUUCCACACAGCAAGCAGUGGUUCAUUGUAGUACUCUAGAGCCCUCUAUUGGUUCAUAAUGUUUACUGCAGGAAACAGAACCUACUCCAUGAAGCACUUAGCUCUCUAAUGGGAAGUUUAAAUGCAAAAUAUUGAAACCUUAGCUUCUACAUGAUUUUUGUGAUAUGACAUGUUCAGUACCUGUCACUUAUCAUACUGAUUUAAACACAAACACGUGUUAAACAAUAAUUCAUUCACUACAACAUUAACAGUCACCUCUAGAUUACUCUGCUGUGGUACUUAUGAUUCUGGUGCGUAAACCUUUAGACACGCUGGUUAAGAGGACUUAAUAAACUGAAAAGACUUGCUGCUAUAUUGUACCGUAAGCAUAAUCUGUACUGAACACAUUUAUUUGUGUAGGAUGAUUAUUGUCCUGCUAUCCAGUAGCUUGCCUCUGUAAGAGAAUUGAGGGCGCUAAUGUUUGACUGUUGCUGGUCCGGCUCACCUGUGUGCUUGAGGAUGGUUUUUGAAACGGUAGUUUUUGUCACGUCUGUGAGAGUGGUUGUAAUUCAGUGGUGGUACAGAUGAAUGUCAGUGCUGUGUAGUUGGUAGUAAGUUGCAUGUUUUUAAAGUCUUGCCUUGGCCCAUAUGGAUUUAAGUGCAAUUAGAUGUACUGCCCAUUGAGCACAGUAUUUUUAAAUCUGUCCUUCUGAAAUGCUGGAAUGGGUGAGAAUGAAUCUCGUGCAGGCGUUUUGGCAGACAACUGACACAAUUAGUUCUUGUGUAACAUGGAUUUUUUUUUCCCCCCUCACAAACUUAAAUAAGAAACAAAUGUUGGUAAAGACAACAGUGCUUCCAGUAAAACCUGUUAUUUUAAUAUCUAUCCAUUCAGUCAGGACUUUUGUUGGACUUUUUAAACCGAUCAAACACGACUACGAGGUCCUCUGACCGCUUCAUACAUUGGUUCACCAGAGAGCAAAUAUUCAUGAAUGUGAAUGUCCUCCUCCCUUCAUCAGAGACUGUAACCUGCAUGUAUACUAAUAUGCAUCCUAAAUCAGUUGUUCCAGUCUUCUACUGUUUGAUAUACGCCUGUCAGAUAUGACACAGUUUCUGUUGUCAUUGUACGCACUGUCCUGGUGAAUGCAGUUAAUUUAAGGCAGACUAUAGUCAUACCACAGCUGAGUUAAGACUUGUACAUAGGUAUUUUAAACAAAUGUAACAUCACUCCAUGGUCAUGAUUUUCUUAUAAAAGGGCUUUUAAGUUUUUGACUAGAAGGGAAUGAACCAAAAAAGCACAAGGAAAGCAAGUUGUAAUAGUGACUUUUUGAGAAUGUUUGUCUGUUUUUCAUAAUCUGAAAAACAUGUAAUGUUUAUAUACAGUUUGACAAAAUGGUACUCGAAGACAACUGGGAAUGUCAGUGUUAUGUGGAAGCAGAUGGAGAAUGUGAAUGCUGUAUUAUAUUCAUCCAUAUUCCGUUAAUGUAAGGAUGUUAUAAAACGAUCUAAAUGAGAACAAAACACUUUUUUUUUGGUUCAUGAGAACAAAAAUAUGGUUAAAACUUCCAACAACAAAAAACCCCUUGAAAUAAAAAGGAUUCAAUUUGUGAGUCAGCGACUUACCAUGAGUCAGAAGGUAACUGUCAGCAGGUGGCAGUAUAAUCAAACACAUGAAAUGAAUUCCUCCUUCUGAUACAGCAUGCAUACACUGAGCUAUAGUUAGACAUAUUAUGGGGUAACAUCAACACAUUUUAUGUUGGUGCAUGCAUGAAUGCUUGCAGUCUACACACAGUGUAGUAAGUAAAAUCUCAAUAAAUACUAUAUGGUUAGAAAUAUUAAGUUUUUCAGUUUUAUUAAAAAGACAAAAAUAAUGAAAGCAGCUGAAUUUAGUUAUCAAUUUUUAUAUAAUCACAUAAGCUUACAUAUGCAGAGACAAUUGGCCAAACUAAAAUAUAUAUAUAUAAACCAUAACUUUUCAAAUAAAAUAAUAAAAUAAAAUACACUGUUUUAAUUUAAACAUCAUUAAGAAAAUGAUUUUUGUCAAACUAAUUUGAUUCACAAUCAUGAAAAUGAUUUAACAGGAAACAAAGUAAACCCAGUGCCUUCGGGAGCUCCUAGCAUGCAAAACUUCAGCUUUGGGUAAGGGUGGCAUCGUGUGGCACCACUAGAAAAUCAGAAUGCAAACUCAAAAUCUAUUUGCAUAUUUUUGUUCAUUUCAAAUUGUCAGCUCACAGCGACAGCCUUCUCAUUUCUACAAUUUAAAUGCAGUCAUAUCUCCAAAAAUAGACCAUAGUCUUUUUUUGUUUUCGGAAGACUAUCCUGUUCCUCAUUAGAUCAUUUUUUUUCGUCUCAGCUGAAAAACCUUCCUCAGGCCUUUUUAGCUACUGAAGUCAUAAUAUUGCUUACCGAUGCCUGUUGUUACAGCAUAAACUGGUGUUGAUGAAUUCACAGAUUUAAAACAGACGAGCAAACAUUUUGUGCAAAAAUAGGCAAACUAAAAAAAAAA